UUUAUAUAUUAUAUAUUAUUAUAUCCAAACCAACCACUCUCACACUGACCAGAGGUCACUCAAACAUAGAAACAAAUAAAAAAGAGUAAAGAAAGGGGAAAAAGAAACUAUGGCUAAAUCCUCCAACAAUGUCUUCUUCUUCCUCCUCCUCCUCCUCCACAUCCUGGUCCUUGCACUCUGCUGCUGCUUCUCCUCCGCGGCGGGCGCGUCCUCUCAGUACUCCACGGAUUUCAUCCGGGCGUCGUGCGCGGCGACCCGGUACCCGUCGCUCUGCGUGCGGUCGCUGGCCUGCUACGCCGCCGCCGUCCGCCGCAGCCCGCGGGAGCUCGCCCGCUUCGCGCUCGCCGUCAGCGCCGACCGGGCCCGCUCCGCCGCCGCCCGCGUCGCCGGUCUCCCCGCCGUCCCGCCCCGCUCCCGCUCCGGCCCCGUCCGCGACUGCCUCGAGAACAUGGCCGACAGCGUCGACCGCCUCCGCGACGCCGCCGCCGAGCUGGCCCGCACCGGCCGCUCCGGCUCCCCCGCCUUCGCCUGGCACAUGAGCAACGUCCGCACCUGGUGCAGCGCCGCCCUCACCGACGAGACCACCUGCCUCGACGGCGUCGCCCAGGCCACCGGCGGCAAGGCCAAGCUCGACCCCGCCGCGCGCGCCGCCGUCCGCCGCGAGGUGCUCGCCGUCGCCCAGGUCACCAGCAACGCCCUCGCCCUCCUCAACCGCGUCGCCCCGCAACAGUAACUAUUAAAACCAUGCAUGCAUCAACGUACCCACCCCUUCGCUUCGGUUCUCGUUUUAACUCUUGUAAACUCUGCUUCUCACUGAGGCCUCGUUGUAGAGCUCUCUUUCUCUCUCUCUCUCUCUACUAAAUUAAGUUUUAUGCUAAGUUUUUUUUUAUUAGUGCAUGGUUUAAUUAAUCUCAUAUAUAUAUAUAUAUAUAUAUAUGUUUAUUAAAGUUCAUCUUAAUUGCUCAGUUUGAUUAAUUUGUUCUUAAUUAUUUUGACGCACGUAUGUAGUUGGUAUGUGUUAAAUAUAUUUAUAAUAGGAGAUAUAGAGGGAAAAGGGCGCAGGGAGAUGAGAUUGUGUUUGUAUGUUUACUUUGUGUAUGUAACUUCAGCUAUAAUAUUCUAAUAAUAAUUAGUGCUCCAUACUAA